AGAAGAAAUAAUACUCUUAAAUUGUGCUCUAUUAUUAUUAAAAUUUAUAAUAAUGAAUAUUUUGGAAUUGUAUAGCGGAAUUGGUGGAAUGCAUCUAGCGUUUGAACAGAGUGGUGUCGCAGGGAAAGUAAAUGCUUCAAUAGAAAUAAACAAUAUAGCUAAUCAAAUAUAUAGAUUAAAUUUCCCUGAAACUAAUUUAAUUAAUACCAAUAUUGAAGGAUUAACUUCGGAUUAUAUUAAGAAGUUGAAUAUAGAUACGAUAUUGAUGUCACCACCGUGUCAACCCUUUACAAGAAACGGCUUACAAAACGAUAUAAAAGAUGCCAGAACCGCAUCAUUUUUUCGAAUAUUAAAACUUUUACCAGAUUUGGAUGUUAAAUACUUACUUAUUGAGAAUGUUAAAGGAUUCGAAAAUUCAGAAAUGAGAAAUAUCUUAAUUGACGUAUUGAUAGAAAACGAUUACAAAUAUCAGGAAUUUAUAAUCAGCCCUCAUCAAAUAGGUGUUCCGAAUUCAAGACAUCGAUAUUACUGUUUAGCUAAGAAAACUGAUUUUUCAUUUGAAACAACUUGUUUGAUGGAAACUUUUCCCAACAUCCAUGAACACAUAGAUUGCUAUAAGAUAGAAAAUAUUAUAGAACAGAAUGUAGACUUUAAGAAGUAUUAUCUAUCUGAUCAAAUUUUAACUAAAUACUGGAGUGUUCUAGAUAUUUGCUACAAAAAUUCAACCAGAUCUUGUUGUUUUACAAAAUCUUAUGGUAGAUUUGUACAUGGUACAGGAAGUGUUUUUACAGAAAAAUCAGAAGAGGUAAUUUUAAAAUUGGUUAAAGAAUUGAAUUCAUCCAAUUUAGAGGAACACGAAAAAUUGGGUUUACUUAAAUCAUUAGGGUUGAGAUUUUUUACACCUAGGGAAAUAUGCAGACUCAUGUGUUUUCCAGAAAAUUUUAUUUUUCCGGAUUAUGUGAGAGACAGGAAAAAAUAUAUGGUUUUAGGAAAUAGUAUAAAUGUUAAAGUUGUAGCUGAAUUAAUAAAAAUUUUAAACGGCUAACAGAAAGUUUAAUAUCGAAAUUAUGAAAAUAAUCAAUAAAA